AGAGAGAGAGAGAGAGCAGACAAGAGCAAAUGCUCAGUUUUCAUCCAUGUUAGCAGCUCUAAAGAGAGGGAAAAAUACGAAGGAUCAAAGUCGUGCACAGACUGCGACUGUGUUAUCUUUCCUCUUUUGUCACAGCUGUUUGUUGUCGCUGCACAGAGGUGAUGGCUGAGAUGGAGCUCCUCUCUACACCCCAUAAUAUUCAAAUCAGCGAGGUGUCUUGUGACUCCUUCCGAAUAGCCUGGGAAAUGGCCCACGAAGAUAACGCCCGAGUGACGCAUUAUUUCAUCGAUUUGAGUCGCAAAGAGGGCAGUGAACAGAAUCGUUUCAAGCACAAAGAGGUCCCAACUAAACUUGUGGCAAAGGCAGUGCCGUUACCGAUGGCGGUGAGAGGUCACUGGUUCCUGAGUCCUCGUACUGACUACUGUGUCGCUGUGCAGACUGCCAUCAGACAACCUGAUGGAGACUAUCAAGUGUCUGAAUGGAGUCAAGUAGUGGAGUUCUGCACUGGAGAUUACGCCAUUGAACAUCUGCAGCAGCUCUUAGAUAAAGCCCAGGCGAUUGCUGGGAGACCUCUCAGGUUCUCUGUCUUCUAUCGAAAUCAGCAUCCUGAAUACUUUCAUUAUGUGAGGUCUGAAUGUGGAGGUGCAAUGCUGCCAUCCUUAAAAGACAACAGCGGAAGUCACGGCUCUCCCAUCAACAGCAAGCUGAGUGGCGUCUUCCUCAGCUGCAACACUGAAUUUGACACAGGCCUCCCUCCAAAAGACUCCCCAUACGGGCCUUUGCGCUUUCAGAUUUCUGCUGAUCGCCUCCUUAACCCAAAUACUAACCUUUACUUUGCUGACUUGUACUGCAUGUACACAGCGUAUCAUUAUGUAGUGCUGGUGCUGGCCCCAGUCGGAUCGGAGGGGAACAGCUUUUGCAAAAGUCGCCUCCCGCUACUGGACCUCACAUCCAAUCCCUUCUUGACAUACACACCCGGAGAAGAGUCAGUGUUUUGUCAUGCCAGUGAUGUCAUACUGGAGGUGUUGUUCACCGGGCCCUUGCGUUUAGAGCAUGGCAGUGUGGAUGAGAUCAGAGGUCACCAUCAGCUCAUGAGCCUCUCCACUGCUAAUGCUAAAAAAGACCCGAGCUGUAAGGUUUGCAAUAUCAGUGUGGGCCGCUGAAUUUUCAAUGAAAGCUUUGAAGCAUUUACUGAAAGUCAAACCGGAUAACAGGAUCAUGCCUCGUAAAGGGAACCUCAUUGGUGAUCGUCUGAACACUGCUAAAGUAUGAGUUAAAAUACAUAAUAUAUAAAGGAAAUUAGCGUGGUAUGCUUUAUUUGAAAAUGUGCCAUAGGCUUUGCACAAAAAGAGAUAAGAAUACAUAGAGUGUGUAAUAUUUUUAUUUCUUAGAUUGAAUUAGGUGAUGAUAACUAUUUAUUUUUAAUGAAGCCAUAAAUCGAGCCAUUAUCAAGCUCCAUAAAGAAAAAGUACAAUAAAAGUCAUCAGUAUGACACUUGUGUUUUUGAACACUGUCAGAAAAACAUGUCAAAAAAGGAUCUCUUUUAAAAAGGUCCUUAUAUGCACCAUUUAGGUGUAGAUAGAUAUGCAUACGUGGGGUAGUUGACAUGUAAAUGUGUCAUAUGGUGUGACAUAGCAAAGAUUUUGAAAAAAAAGCCAGCUUGAGAGAAGAUUUAUCUUAAUAGUAAAGUUACAAAUAACAUGACAGUGAUUUUUUUCAAUCAGUUUGAAGUUACCGGUAUACUUCUUCCUAUUUUAUAUAAUAUAAAUAAAAUAAAUAAAUGAUAUAUAUAUAUAAUACAUAAAAGCAAAAUAAACCACAUCGGUCAAUUGUGUCAUGAAAUAUUGACAGUGUAUUAUUACAUGAGACUGCAUCAUGGAUCAUUCAUUGCCUCCCUUUAAAAAUUAUACCAAACGUUGGGUGCACGGUCAGACAUAAUCUGACAAAGACCGAAUUUAAACAGCUCAUUUAUAAUCAGACCAAACCACAGCUUAUCUCAGGCUUUCAGAUGCUGAUAGCGUGAUUUACUUGUUGUCGGUUUGCACACUUUUACAACUAGCCUAUAGAUUAUAUAUCAGGUUAUUGUUGCUGUGGGAGCCCUUCCUAAAUUAAGCAGUGGUUUUCAAACUAUGGGGCGA